CGCACCUCGCAGCCCGACUCCCCGCCUCGGGCCUACCUCACGCCAGAACACUUCAAGGGGCUGCUCGUUCUCCUGUCAUAGUGCCUCUCUCGGUGUGCUAGAGUUCUGGUUGAGUUUGAUAUAGCGAAUAUCGCUACUAGGUCUGCUAGAAGAAUCGUUCAGUUAUUCCUGGCACUUCGUUAGACUGAGGACACGGUUCCUCUUUGGCCGAUGCCCGACAACGACAACUCUUCUACAAACGCUACUCCUUUGAAUUUCUCGGAUCCGGAACUACAGGAGAAGGUACAUGUCUUAUCAUCCCAGGCGGAACCGAAGGAUGGUCGACCAAUAGAAGAGCUGCUACGGAGCACUGGAAGUCUCCAAGGCCACGAAGCUCUCCGUCUACGAAGGUGGUUCAGUGCCCAUCGGCUCGAUGCCAUCCACGACCUGAAUGAGUACGGCCGCAGCCUUUUCGAAGGCGAUUUUGCACGCGUCAAGGCAGACUGGUUCGGCCGCCUCGCAAAACUACUUCCCGAGACCAACUCCGAGUUUGUUGCUCGCGAGGCCGCCGUCCAGGAUCUACUAGCACUACGCUGGGGCGAGACGAGAGUCCCUAUUUACACCCUGCUCCUCCUCGGGACACUCCAUCAUCCAGAUGCGCGCCUUCACCUCCUCGAUAUCGCGCGCUGGCUCGUCUCGGAAGUAAACCUCCCCGUCGAGGCAGAAGACAUAUGUGGCUCUACGGCGCUUUAUCACGCGCUAUCGACCAAACCUGCGUUCGACCCUGAAUUCGCGCAGAUCUUGUACGACGCAGGGGGAGACGUAAACCAUCGGAAUCGAUACGGCGCGACGGCCGCGCACGACAUCACACUCAUCUGGGAACCGCGGAACGCAGAGCUCGUGCAGCGAGCAGCGGACGCGCUCGCGUGGUACCUCGAGCGCGGCGGCAACAUCGACAUCAAGGACAAUGACGGCCUCACGGCGCGGAUGUGCGUCGACAGCACGCGCAAGCUCGCCAGCCGGGGAGUGGAGCAUAUGGCGACAUGGGACGUGGUGGAUAGGGAAGAUAAGCGGCGGAGGCGUAUGAGGGACGAGAUCUGCACGUUUUGCGGGAGAGGGUCCGAGGGAGAGAACGUGUUGCUCGUCUGCUCGCGAUGCAAGAAGGCGCCAUACUGCUCGCCGCCGAGGCAAUGCCAGCUAUAUGACUGGCCAAGGCACCGGAAGCUCUGCAAGCCGCACAAGCCAUCAUCCCAUCAGAGCGCCUCGAAAUAUUUUGGCGCACAGCUGCAUGAGUGAGUUUGUCAUUUUCUGUCUUGUGUUGCUCUGGUUGACGAGAAUGCUGCUUCCCCGUAUGUAUGUCUACGAGACACGCUCGCGAGUACGCUGCGCCCGCGCCAGCAUCAACACAAGGUCCCUGCCGAAUCCGAGGAGGCCGAAAGCCAGUAGAUUACGCUGUACCCGCCAUACAUGCUCUCCACGUAGACUUACAGCAAGGCGGAUUGCGGACUUCUCGGGUGAUACGAGGGAUGGAAGUCAUGCCAAGUUAUAUGAUCAGAUUGUUUACUGAGGAUAGGACUCUGGAUUCUGUGCAUUCUUUUUUGUUUGUGAUCAACGCCGCAUAUAUUUAGACAACACGGCCCGAAUAUGAAGUAUAGUCUAUAUACUAAUAUACUCGGUCGCGCAUGCUCGU